AUGGAACAUCACACCACCACCACCCGAGCCGAAGCCGAACGCCUCCUCGGAAUCUCCGAAAAGCUGCUCCGGAGCAAAGACCUCAGCGGCUCCAAAGACUUCGCUAUUUUAGCCCAGGAAACCGAGCCGCUUUUGGAAGGACCCGAACAGAUCUUAGCCGUAGCCGAUGUCCUCUUAGCCGCCGACAGACUGGUCAACAACCACCAUGACUGGUACUCCAUUCUCCAAGUCCCUCACCGCACUGAAGAUGCCGAGCUUAUCAAGAAGCAGUACCGGCGGCUCGCCCUCCUCCUCCACCCGGACAAAAACCGGUUUGCCUUCUCCGAGUCGGCUUUUGGGCUCGUGGCUGAUGCGUGGGCCGUUCUCUCUGAUCCCGGCAAGAAACCCUUGUACGACAAUGAGUUCUCCCCUUUCACGAAGGUCGAUUUGGUGGCUAUGAAGAAACAACCCACUCAGCAGCCACAUGGGCAGCAAUUUCAUCAGCAAAAGAAACCGGAUGAAGGGAAUUUUCAUCAGAAAUUGUCUGUCAGACGGAGCACAAGGGGUGACGGUGGAAGUGGUGGUGGAACGAGAUCGAACAACAGAAAAGGCGUCAAUAGUAGUAAUGCUGAUAAUGGUGGUGGUUUGGGAAGCAAUGGGUCGGGUACUUAUUGGACGGCAUGUCCGUACUGUUAUAAUUUAUACGAGUAUCCCAGAUUAUAUGAUGGGUGUUGUUUCAGGUGCCAGAAUUGUAAGAGGGCAUUUACUGGAGCUGAGAUUUUGUCGAUGCCGCCUAUGGUGCCAGGAAAAGAGGCCUAUUAUUGCUGUUGGGGAUUCUUCCCAAUGGGGUUUGCAGUGGGGAAUUCUGAAGGUAGAAAGAGGCGGGGUGGUAAUGGGUAUCCCAAUUGGAUGCCACCCAUGUUUGGGUCGGGCUGUGUACAGGUGGAUGGUGGUACACCCAUGCCGCCCAAUGUGACGCUGACAACACCAGUGCCGGUGGCUUCAACGGGAGCUAAAAAGAGGGGUAGACCAAGAAAGAAUGUGUAG